AGUACAUAUUGCCUAUGCAAUAUUUCGAAGAUGUACCUCGUGAAGGUCAUCUUAUUUCGAUUCUUCUAGAUCUUUCGAUCAUACGAUCCCCCUGGGCUUUACUCUACCCUAACAGUAAAUGACAAUGUGUGAACUGCUGACGUCAUAGACGAUUCGCGAACUCGAGGUAUCUCUCUGAGAGCGUCGAGCUCGCCUCCUUACUUGAAUCUUGCUAUUCGCGGUGGCAAGGUCUGGUCUUUGAAUAUACCCAUUUAACUUAGAAUGUGUCGUGCUAGUUCUCUCUUUAUUUUAUACCACCCUUGGUGGCUAAAACAUGAUUUAUCAAAUAUCCCUAUUUUUGGACCCUUCACCAGAUCCGGACUGGGAGAAGUGGCAACCCUACUAAAGUGUUCAUAAAAACUAGAAUCUACGCUCGGGCCUAGUAUUGGGGGAACCACAGCGUUCAAGAAAUUUCCACAACUACAACAACAUUACAUCAACGCCCAGCACAAGACCACGAUGUAUCGUUGAAUUACCAUACAUCUUUCAUAAACAUGACAAAUCGUUUCAAAAAAAUAUCUUCAAUUGCAUGGCAUCCGGUGAAUCCUGGUUAUGCUGCAGUAGCCUACACCUCUCCUCUGAAGUCAAGUCACGAUGAAAACACCAUUUGCGAGAGAACUCACGUGGAAGAUGAUAUAAUUCAAAAAUCGAGAAAACUGGUGAACGAAAAUGAUAUUGAGACCAUUGAUUCAAUUUUCGAUAUCAUUUCUGCAGCAAAGAAACCUCUUAAAGAGCAUCCAACAGAUGAAGAUUCUGGCAGCGAGACUGAUUCGGUGAAGGAAGAAUCAGAUGAUGAAAACGACGAUCAAUCCACCAAAGAUAUCCGAGAUGCUGGUACACUGAUGAUCUACAAAACUCCGGUAACCAUUUCCAAAGCACUGUCACAAGAAUCGACUUCUAAAACCGACCAGGAGCCAGGUGAACACACUGAAAGCGAUCUGAGAUGGGCUUCGGAUAUGAUCAAGAUUGGCAAAGAUCAAGAGAAAAGUCUACCACGAGAAGAUAAACUGCCCGAUGACUCGAGUGAUGACACAACCAGUAUCAGCAGUCUCGAGUCGGCGUCUUCGUGCUCAACCAUGAAAUCUGAACAAUCUGUGAGAAUUCCUGCUUAUGAAGACACGGAUGGUGAAGAUGUCGAUUCGAUAGAAGAUGAUUUACCCAUCACCGAUACUGAUAGUUCUGUACUGCUUUGGAACUGCGAUAACGAUUUGACUCCUCAGCUAGAAUUAUACAAUGUCCACGACGUUCACGUCAUCAAAUUCUACCCUCUGGAUGGCAAUUUCCUCGCAGGAGGCAGUCGAAGUGGACAACUGGUUAUAUGGGAUAUUCGGGAUGACAUCGAGACUUCAAAAUGGCCCCACAAGCAAUUGGAUCAACAUAAUUUAGAUGCUGAAUUCAUGGAAAAUCUACCACAUUGGGAAGCAGACCAACACAAAUGCCCACUCGUGCAUCCUGCGGCGAUCAGCGUCCGUAACAUUUCGCACGUCGAUCGAGUCACAGACAUCGAAUGGAUGCAUCCGUCGGUCAAGUUGUCUUCUACAGGUGCAAUAACUAAAACUGAUUCCGACUCGAGACAAAUCCUCACCGCAUCUUUGGAUGGCAGUAUGAAAGUAUGGGAAUUACAAUCUGGUCGAGGAACAGAUGAUCAUAAGGGUGACUCUCGUUCAUGGCAUUUGCAGUUAAUUUAUAACAUGAUCAUCACAAACCCUAAAUUGGACAAAUACCCUUUAUCCAUCGUAGCAUUUAAAAUACUUCUACCAUCGCCUCAGUACAUUCCUUCGUCGUCAAAAAAUUUUGUAUUUGUUCCAGAGCUAAACAAAAAGAUCAAUUUAUCCAUAGCUGUGGCCAAUACCAUCGGUGAAGUGGGUAUAAUCAAGAUUGUAGAAAAAAAAGACGCGUUCACUGAUAUUCCACCGGCAAAAGCUCCAGAAAACUGCAAACAUGAAUGGUGGGGAAUUUGUCAUGAUGAUGUGAUUACCUCUUUGUCACAGAACUACUACUUCCCCAACAUAUUUUUAUCAACUGGUGGUAGGAUAUUCGCAUUGUGGAAUGCCAAUUUCAAGCAUGGGCCAAUUUGGUGGAAACAAUACGCUGUUGAUAUCGAAUUAACUGGAAGCUCAUUUUCUCCGUAUCAUCCAGGAUUGAUUUACAUUUCCACAUCGAAUGGUAAAGUUGACAUUUGGAACGUUACGAAGCAAGUGCAUUUACCUUUACUGGAAAUAAAAGCUUCUGGAUAUCGGAUCAAUGGGGUGGCUUUGGUGACACCCCCGUCUGCCGAGUAUAAACUUAGUAUCGCUGAUUCGAAUGGUAUUUUCCAUAUUUUAAAAAACCAAUACGAAGAAACUUGGGACGACGAUGAUGUACGAGUAACAAUUUCACUGUUUAACAAUCAUUCGAAAACUCAAACCGAAAUAACAGUAUUUGAUAUCAUUUACCCACUUGAUUUAUCAUGCUUGACGCAGUUGAAAAACGUGGACGUGUUUUUCAAAGGAGCUGAAGAAUGUAAGAAACAAUUGCUUCAUUGGAACAAGCACUGGAAAGAUUUAAGUACCACUUCAGACGAAUACGGAUUCCAAUAUAAACCCGAGCCGAGAAAACCCGACAAAUAUGACCCUCAAAGAAAGAAAAGUCUAAGGAUGGGUAAACCGAGUCUUCCGAUUGAAAAACUCAUUGCCAGCCCAAUUGUCGACGAUAGACCACUGCUGGAAAAAAUUGCGGAUUCUCAAGAGCACAAAGAGCUACUUCAAAAACUCUUGGACGAUUAUAAAGCUCUCCCAAAACUCAUACCUGAAGCUCCUGAUACUUCAACGAAAUCACAACCUUUAUCAAUCAACGAUAUUCAUCGUAUUUAUUGCACAUAACUUAAGAAUAUAGACAUCAAAAUGGAGAUAGACAUUCAAGCUGUGUAUCGAGAUGAAGGCAGAUGUAUAAUUUUUUCAUAACGACAAACGACGAUAAAACUCAUGCUAGUCAAUUUUUUCGCUACGAUAAUACGAGUUUAUUUAUUGGUUUUGACGGUUUCGCGUUUAUAGACAAAAGAAGAGAGAGAGAAAGGCAGAUAGUAUAGCGAAACAGGGUGAGAGUUCGUUUUCUAUGUAACACAGAUAAACAUGAAUUUAUAGCUGUAAACUGCUUAAAAAAUAUUAUUUAUGGCGUCAUAAAUUUCGACAUUGUACUUCUGCUAAUAAUCAUUUAAGUUCGAAAUGAGAAUUUAUUUUUAAUGAGUAUUUUAAAAAUUCAUAGCCUAUGAGCAGAUACGUUACACAAGCCUUGUUUUUUAUUUAGGUAUACCUAUAUUUUGUUUUGGAAAACAAAUUACAUCAUACUAACACAA